UAAUUGUAUGAGCAGAACAAGCACAACACGAUUUCUAUAUAUCAUCACACACAAGUCUAAAUCAUCAAAUUCUUCAAAUUUGCAUUGAGAAUUGAACACAAUGAAUUCGUCCACACAACCAUCAAUAUGUAUAACAUCAUCAAACAAUCAGAAUUUGGCUGAUUAUUUAGUUGAAAUUCCAUAUAAUGAAUUUCAACAAUUACAACAACAAUCAAUGAUAAGUGGACAUAAUGUUGAUCAUUUGAAUUAUUCAAUUCAACAACAACCAUUGCAGAUGAAUUCAAAUUCGAAUUAUAUAAUCUAUCCAAAUACGUCGCCUAUAAUGAUGACAACAAUAGCAACAACAACCAAUGGAUUGAAUAAUUUAUCGAUUCCAGGAUCUGUACAACAACAACAACAACAACAACGAACAUGUUCUGCCAUGACAAAAGUAAAUAUGAAUCACAUGAAUAUGAAUAAAAAUCCAAAUUUUCAAUUUCAAAGACAGCAGCAACAACAAUAUCAUCAUCAUCAUUCUAUUUAUCCAUCAAAUUAUUCAUCAACGACAAUGAUCCAUCCAAAUAACACCAUGAACAUAAAUGAAUCAAAUUAUGAACAAAAUGAUGAAUUUGAAAUACGAAAAACAUGUUCAUUACAGCUAAAAGAAUUACUUAAAUCAACAUUGGAAAAAAUGCAUUCAACCAAUAGUCAGAAUUGUCAAUUAUUUUUAUCGAAAAUUGAUUCACUUGAAAAACGUUUAAUGAAUCGUUUGCAAACUAUUGAAACAAAAUUGGCAAAUUGUUCCCGACUUUUUGAUUCAUUAAACGAAGAUUUUAUGGAACAUCAACAAAUAUCAACGACUACGACAACAUUUCCAUUAAAAACAAUAACCAAAAAAUGGCAUGAUAAAUACACAAUUAUUCCUGAUGAGAUUCAGGAUAAUGAUGAUGAUGAUGAUCUAACAGAAUCAAAUUCAAAUCAAAGAAAAGUCAAUUUUAAAUUUCCUUGUCCAAAAUGUUUAUUUGGAUUUGAUGAAAAACAUCUACUGGAUCGCCAUAUACGGACACAUGUUCCAGGACGUGACCAUGUUUGUGAACAUUGUGGUAAUCUAUUUUCCAGUAAAUAUAAACUUAAUUGCCAUAAAGUUAGACAUACAAAUGAUUCUAGAUUCAAAAUUAAAUGUCCACAAUGUGAUUAUUCCAGUGUAGAUAAACAAACAUUGAAACGUCAUAUUCUUAUACAUAGUGAUGAAAAAAAUUUUCAUUGUAAUCAUUGUGAACGACGUUUUCGUACAAACGAAGCUCUUAAAGAUCAUCAAAUAAUUCAUUUGGAUCAAUCACCAUUUCGUUGUCAACAUUGUACCAGUAGAUUUCGUCGUAGUGAUUAUCUUAAAAUGCAUAUUCUAAAGGUUCAUUCAUCAAAAGAAAAGUCACAAUAAUUUUAAUGUAUCAUAAUAUAUAUAUUUUUCAAUGUCUUAAUAAAAUCAG